AUGCAACCCACCGCUCGCCUUCUUACUAUUUCCCUCCUGAUAGCCCUUGGGGCUACUCGGGACGUUCCAGCCAACGUCAAGGCUCUGCACGAUUCCAUCGUCCAGCAAGGUCGCUGCAACAAUCCGCUCGCCACUGGCUUCUACAGCCAGGACAACGGCAAGCCUGUGUACUCGUACUGUGGUGAUCACAAAAGCCAAGGAGUUAUCUACCUCCAGGGAACAAAUGGAUACCUGGCAAAUAUGGAUAUCGACUGUGAUGGUACCCAGCAUGGAGCUGGUGAUGACGGUAGAUGCGGUAGCUCAAGCGAUACCCAGUCUCAAACCUCCUUCCAGGAUACUGUUAGGGGGUACAAUAAGAGCAUCAGGGACCUUAACGCCUUUGUACACCCUUAUGUCGUCUUCGGUAAUGAGGGAACGCGAGCAGGCUACAAGAAUUUCAGACCCCAAGACUACGGGAUCGAACCUCUCAGCUUGAUGGCUGUUGUCUGUGGUAAUAAGCUGAUCUACGGUAUUUGGGGUGAUACAAAUGGCGAUGAUGCCCCCCAGGCUCUUGUGGGAGAGGCUGCAAUCUCUUUGGCGACAGCUUGCUUCGGAACUGGCAUCAAUGGAAACGCCGGGCACGACGAGAAUGAUGUUCUCUAUAUCGCCUUUACCGGCAAAGAUGCCGUUCCGGGUGCCAACGGCGCCAAUUGGGCUUCCAAGUCCUACAAUGACUUUGCUCAGAGUAUCAAGGGUCUUGGAGAUAAGCUCAUCCAGCGAAUCAAGUAG